AAGCACAUUAAUGACAAAGCGCAAGGCACGCCCUUCAGGUCUGCUAUAGGUGACUAUAAAGGCAACUUCCCAUUCCAGACUGUAGGCAACUGGAACGUGGUAACCAUUGAAUAGAGUAUAGUUGAGUCAAUUCCCAAUGAUUCUCUAGAUGAAUAGCAUAACUUCUUUAAAAUCGCGGGUAUAGUAGGCCAUAAUAACGGGAUCAAGCAAAUUAUGAAUUGAGCGUUUUAGCGACAGAUGUACAAACAUUGCUUGCUUAUCCUCUUGGACUGUGCUGUGGAUGUUUGACACACUUCAAUUCUCACCAAAAUUCAUGUCCUGAGUAGGCUACAACUAUUUUGAUGGUCCAACUGCGUCUUCUUUUAAUAACAAAACCAUGAGGAUCCUCUUCAGAAACCAAAGCCGCAGUAGAUGGUCCCUUGUCAUUGGUACUGCAUUGUUGAUUGGCGUCUUCAUACUGUUGCGCAUGAACCACACAGACAGGCACUGGAACACUUCUACCUCCACCACACCAACACGGUCACAGUCCACUGUGGAUGUUUUCAAUUGUUCCCUGAAUGACACCAUGAACAACAUUCCAUCCUCAAUGCCACCUACCCACCAUAACUUCCUCAUGUACAAACACUGCAGGACAUUCCCCCGCCUGCUGUCUCCUACACCCUGUCAGAAUGACGUCUUUCUCCUGCUGGCCAUUAAGUCGACAGCCAUCCAGGUUGAUCGCAGGAUUGCACUUCGGAGCACAUGGGGGAAGAAGGGAUAUGUUCAGGGUAAAAUGGUGAAACUAUUGUUCCUAGUAGGUAAGUCUUCAGACAAAAUACAGGGCUACCCGCUGCAGAAGGUACUGGAGUGGGAGAGCAGGCAGUUUGGGGACAUCCUGCAGUGGGAUUUUGAGGACAGUUUUUUCAACCUGACCCUGAAGGAGGUCCACUUCCUCAAAUGGUUCAGCCUGGAGUGCUACUGGGCCCACUAUGUGUUCAAAGGGGACGAUGAUGUUUUUGUUUACACCAGCAAUCUGGUGGAAUAUGUUAAGGACAACAAGCCCUCUGAGCAACUGUAUGCUGGGAACAUCAUGUCUGGCUAUCCAGUCCGGUACAAACAAAGUAAGUAUUUCAUACCAGUGGAGAUGUACCCCAACAAGCCAUAUCCUCUAUACGCUGGCGGUGGGGGCUACCUGAUGUCAAGACAGACUGUGCUGAGCCUGGGAGUGGCAGCGUCCAGCAUUGACCUGUUCCCCAUUGAUGAUGUCUUUGUGGGCUUAUGCCUACAGAAGAUGAACAUUACACUGACGCACCACUCUGGCUUCAAGACCUUUGGGCUCGAAAAGGGGGUGACACACUUCAACCCCUGCAUUUACAGGGAGCUCAUGGUGGUGCACAAACUGAAUCCCACAGAGAUGUGGACAAUGUGGUCUCUACAGCAGGACCCAAAUCUGCAAUGCUUUAGAUCAAGGAUGUGAGGCAUCUGGCGUUUGUAUAUCAUGCUGUGCUUAUCUGUCUCGCUAUUGUAAAUUGAGAAUUCCUUUCAUAGAUAAAUUAUCCUUAUGAAUGGUCUAAAAUAGCUUCCUUUCCUUUACCCAUACUUAUAUUUGAAUUUGACAUGUGAAAGUAUUCUGACAUUUGCAUUCCCUUAUCCUGUAUGUUCAGCACAGACAGUGUAAGAUCCAUUUAAGAAUAUUGAGAUACAUCUAGUGCAAUUUGACACUUCUGAUGAUGUAAUAGAAUAAAUGUGGCUAAAACAAAUGUACAUGAAUAAAUGCAUUUCUAUAGCUUCCAAAAUAUUUUUUAAAUGGUGGAGGAGUGCCAAGAUCAGAGUAUGUGAGCGGAGUUGAGCGGUCGGAAAUCCCGUUCAUCGCUCACCACCACUCUGGCGCUCCACGUCCUUUCCAACCGCUCCGCUAAAAAACGCUCCUCGCUCACAGGAAAAAAACUGCAGCUCCAAAUUCGCUCCAUUCAUUAAAAUCACCAUUUAACCAACACCCAUCUAUUUUUGUAACUACCUGGACCUAACAUUUGGAAGUAUUGAAACCAAACCAUAUGAUUUGAAUGAAAAGUAUUUUAAACAACAUGAAAAGGUGACUGUAAGAAGCGCUCAUCAUUUCAAAUAGGCUACAUGUCGUUUUAAACAGCAUAUGAACACUAAAUAGAUCAGGAGCCAGACAGGGAGCCUAAGAAGGCCUAGCCAGUCUCCAGAUCUUAAUCCCAUAGAAA